UAUAAUUUAAUAAAUUGUUCUGUGGUUACUGGUUGACGCCGUUGACGGUUGUAGUAUACUAGUAUGGUCACUGCAAUAUAUGUUGUUUGUGUUUGAGGCACAGAUUGAAGCUUCUGGUCGCUUGGCAGUUGUAUGGUAUUUGAUGUGGCAAAUACGAUUUAUUAAGAUUGAACUUGUAUUGUAUUUUAUUAUUUCUAAACCUGUUGAUAUUAAAAAAAUAUAUAUAUUUUAUACAAAUCGUUUUGCAUUUACUAUUCUAUUUUACCAUUAAAAACGAUGUUAUUGCCAAUGCAUUUCGUAUAAUGAAUGAAAUGUUUUGCCAACCGACAACAUGGCGGCCGUCCACAGCUGAACUUCACUUGUAACAAUGUAAAUUAUAUAGGAGUCCCUUAUCUAUAUAGUGUAGUACAGAAGUCUGUGGUUUGUGGUGAACUCACUCGCAUAGUCGCGUCUCACAAGUCGUAAUGGUCCACCGGAUCGCACCGGCAAUCGGCAUCGUGUUAACAAGUUUUAACGGCUUCAAAUCAGACACCAGCUAAUUGAACCAAAACACUUAUAAUAUUAUUACUAUUUCUUUUAUAUAGUUAAAAUUUCAAUAUUUAUCGUUUAAUUUGAAUGUCGAGUACCGAAGUAGUUCUCUAUGCGAGUUUUGUUUUUAUUGUUUCAUUGAAUCUUAUUUUGGUAUUUAAUUUUAACGUUGUACAAUGAAAUAGUUUCUUUGUAUUGAUACGAAUUGAUGCACAAUUAUUAUUAUUGAUAUUCCAAGUGAUAAACUUUUAGUAAAUGUAUAAACUGUGAUUAAAAUGGAUGAUAAUCUUGAUUUAAAAACUCCUACUGAAUCCAUUAAAACUGAAAUGGUCUCAACUAACGGUAAUGAUGUGCCCAAAGAAAAUAUCCGAGAUAAUUCUACUAAAUCUACACCAAUUACAAAUAAAAUUCCAGAAAAUAGCACUCAAACUGUUAACUGUUAUUGCAAUAAAGAAAGGAAUUACAAUAUCAUUGAACUAUUAUGUGCCAACUGUAAUCGUUGGUAUCAUGAAUCCUGUAUUGGAUAUCAACUAGGUAAAUUGGUUCCAUUUAUGGUAAAUUAUAUAUUUGUCUGUAAAAACUGUUCACCCACUGGUCUUGAGAGUUUCAAAAAAAAUCCUGCAAUGUUUCCACAAAUGUGUGUGACUGCAAUUGGAAAUCUAAUGCAAGAAACUAUUAAAAGUGGAAACCCUCAAGUUUAUUUCUCGAGGGAUAAAGAUAUUAUCCCUUUUAUUGAAUCACACUGGGAGAGUAUGACUACAACUGCAAGGAGAGUUACACAAUCAUGGCAUUCAACAAUUACGAGAUCAUUAGUCAAGGAAACAGACAUUUUGUUCAGUGUGGUAAAUGGCGAAAAUGGUUCUCAAUCUUAUAAGCUAUUGUUUGAUAUUUCUCAAAUCAAACCAAAUUAUGAAGCGAUGAUAAAAGGGGGCCAUCUUAAAGUUACAGAAACUGGAAUUCAACCUACAAUCACAACUGGCCUCAAAGGACGGGGUGCUAAGAGAAAAACAUUUGGUGAUGGAACAAGUGGAAUAGGAAGUGGCAAGAAGGGUAGAAGUGCUGGUGAUCAGUCAAAUGUCAAAUUGCCUGCUCAUGGAUAUCCACUUGAACAUCCGUUCAACAAAGAUGGCUAUAAAUAUAUAUUAGCUGAACCAGAUCCUCAUGCUCCAUUUAGACAAGAGUUUGAUGAGUCUAAUGAGUCUGCUGGAAAAUUAAUUCCGGGAUGGUUAUAUAGACCCCUUUGUCCAAACCAAGUAUUAUUGGCAUUACAUGAUCGUGCACCACAGCUCCAUAUUUCUGAAGACAGGUUAUCAGUAACUGGAGAGAAAGGGUACUGUAUGGCACGAGCUACACACAGUGUUACCAGUGGAAAUUGGUAUUGGGAGACUACAGUUGAAGAUAUGCCCGAUAAUUCUGCUUGCCGUAUUGGAUGGAGCCAAGAAUUUGCAAAUGUUCAAGCACCAUUAGGAUAUGAUAAAUUUGGCUAUUCAUGGAGAUCUAGAAAAGGUACAGUAUUCCACGAGAGCCGUGGAAAACAUUAUAGUAACGGAUUUGGUGAAGGUGAUACAUUAGGCAUGAUGAUAUGUCUACCUACCAACAUGAUAUCUCUUCCGCCAACUCAUAAAGAUUUGAUAUUGAUAAAAUUCAAAAGCCAUUUAUACUAUGAAGAACAGUCUCAAGAUAGUAGUCGUGAUGCACUUAAAUGCUUGAAACCACUAAUUGGGAGCAAAAUAAUUUACUAUAAAAAUGGAGAAUGUUUUAAUGAAAGUGCUGUAGACUUAUAUGAUGGAAAAUAUUUUCCUACAGUAUCUUUGUACAAAAAUUGUACACUGUCUUUAAACUUUGGACCCAAUUUCAAAUACCCACCACCGCAAACAGAUGGUUUCAAAUAUAAAGGAAUAUGGGAAAGGGCUGGUGACGCCAUAUGUGAACAAACUUUAGCCGAUAUAUCUUUUUUAACAAUAAAUGAAGGUAAAUUAAAAUUAAGCGAUAUAUAACAAUAUGAUUUUGAACGAAUCAAAUUAUACAAUUUUUUUAAUUUUAUUGUAUUUGUAUUUGAAGUUAACAUACAGCUUUAUGCUAUAAGUAAUCUUAAUUUAUCUUUUCUGUGUAUUUUAUAGAAACAUAAUCAUUUUGUACAUAAUAAAAAUAUACAACAAUAAAAAGUACAACUACUAA